ACAUGUUGGUUGUUUAUUAUUUUUAUUGUUUUCCAUUUUUCUCUGUCAAUUCUCGAAUAUUUCCAAUGGCAAGUGAUCAAAAUGCUGCCGAAUCGAUAGCCAAAAAACUAGCUCAGGAGGAAGAAUGGCUACAGAAUUUUCAAAAGAACAUCGCGAAAAGCGCGCAGAUACGACAAGGAAUCGAACAAGUUGUUGAAAAGUUUGAUCAGAGAUUGAGCUCUCUUGAAAAGAAUGUGCUCCCGAUGCAUAUUUCGAACGGGAAAUUGCAAAAGAAACAGCAUAAUAUCCAACGUCUCAUCAAUACAAUUGACGCUACUCUUCAAUUUUACGGAAAAACUAGCACUGUUGAGAAUGCAAUAAAUAGUGGAAAUCCGUCCGUCGAUCUCGACCCUUAUCUCGAAAAUAUGGAAAGUCUGCAGCAAGCAAUCAUAUUUUUCGAAACCCAUCCAAAUUAUCGAAGUCAAACGGAUAAUAUGAGAAUCACACUGGACACUGGAUAUACAAUGCUUGAAAAAGCUUACAAGAAUUUUCUUCUGAAGAAUAGUAUUACCGUGGAUCCGGCACCUUUUGUAAAAAAUGAAUUGACACCCAGAUUGAGUGAAAUCAAAAUUAUGACCGAUGAAGAACCGAUAAUCAAAAUUGGAGUUUGGCUCCUGAAGCAGCCACGUGUUCCUAAUAAUUUUCUGGGUUAUUACUCUGAAAUUCGUGGAGCACAAAUUUUGAAGAAUAUCAAGAGCAUCGCAGAAGCACAGAAAUCAUCGCAACUUGCUUCCAGAAGUAAAUUAUCCACAGCAGUCCGCAAGCCCGUCCAGCGAUCCGAAAAAGUAGAUGUCCUAAUUGAUUUGGAUGCGUGUCAUGCCAUGUGCUCUGCACUUCUUAGUCUACUGGAAUUGGAGGAAAAGUUGAUGGUUAAAGCAAUUCCAGACACAUCGAAAAGAGCCCAAGUAUUCCGAGAACUCGUGUCAAGACCACUGGCCUACGCAGUUGUUCAAACUCAAAAAGUAGUAAAUGAGAAAGAUAUUGGAAUUGUUCCACUUCUUCCGUUACUUCAUCUUUUGUCUCAAAAUUAUGCAAGAUUCCAUAACUUGGCUACGAACAGUAUUGGAGAUGUUCAAUUCGACUCUCUCAUGCGUCAGCUACAAGUAAAAUGUUCUUCAUAUGUGAAUGAAGUGAUCGAGAAUUUGAACGAAGACACUACAAAAUUUGUGCCACCAGAUGGAAAUGUUCAUCCGACAACUGCCUCUACUCUAAACUUCCUGUCAAGCCUGACAGCUCAUCGUGUUACAGUAACCCAACACGUACUUGCUCUCACAGCUCCACAAGGCUCCAAUACAAAUCUUCUACUUCCAAAAUUAUUUGCCCGUAUCCUCUCUGCUCUGGGAAGUAUGCUGAAGAAAAAAGCGAAUCUGUACGAUGAUCCAACACUUGCAACUAUAUUUUUGCUCAACAACUAUAAUUAUAUUGCAAAAACGUUGGCUGAUGAGCAAGAUGGCCUUCUUCCAGCGAUUACUGAAAUGAAUUCAAAUAUUUUAUCAUUUUAUCAUGAAGAAAUUGCCACGUGUACAAAUGAAUAUUUGAAGAGUUGGAAUGGAAUCGCGUCGAUUCUUAAAUCAGUUGAUCGUAUUGGAGAGGAUAAACAAAUGGCCAAACAGAUUAUGAGCACAUUUGUCCGUGACUUCGACCAAGUACUUGCUCAACAAAUGGACUAUUGCAUUUCGGAUCCAAAGAUAUCUGCCAACGUUCAAACACAAGUGAAAUCUCGAAUCUGGAAGAAUUACUCACAACUAUUGGACACUUGCCAACGCCUACACGUCUUCCCACAAGGAAUUAAAUAUACUGAAAAUACUUUUGAAAUGGCUAUUCGAAAUCUAUUCUCAUCUGCUAGAAUUAACUAAAUUUGAUUUAACUUAUAUUUUAAAUAUUAUCAUAAUUUUUUCGCUGUUGUGAUAUGUUAAUUUGCUAAUUUAUUGUCUGCUUCAUGUAUUUUCACUGUUAAUAGAAUUUAUUACUUC